UGUGGGAAGCGCGCGCUUUCGCAGCUUCCGCGAACAUGGCGGCGCCGUAGCCCAGGUGCGGGAGCAGCGGGCGCGGACCGGGGCCCUUCGCAGCCCUGGGCUACGAUGGCGACUCCCGACCAAAAGUCGCCCAACGUCCUGCUGCAGAACCUGUGCUGUCGGAUCCUGGGCAGGAGCGAAGCUGAUGUGGCCCAGCAGUUCCAGUUUGCUGUGCGAGUUAUUGGCAGCAACUUUGCCCCUACUGUUGAAAGAGAUGAGUUCCUAGUAGCUGAAAAAAUCAAGAAAGAACUUAUCCGGCAGAGGAGGGAGGCGGAUGCUGCACUGUUCUCUGAGCUCCACCGGAAGCUGCACUCGCAGGGAGUUUUGAAAAAUAAGUGGUCCAUACUCUACUUGCUGCUGAACCUCAGCGAGGACCCUCGUAAGCAAGCCAACAAGGUGUCCAGCUAUGCAUCCCUGUUUGCACAGGCCUUACCCAGAGAUGCCCAUUCUACCCCUUACUACUACGCUCGGCCACAGACACUCCCACUCAACUACCAGGACCGGAGCACCCAGGCGGUGCCCAGCCUGGGCAGCCUGGGCAGCAGCGGCAUCAGCAGUAUCAGUGCGGGCACUGUUGGUGGCCCUGGGCCUGGUCCGCAGCCUCUGCUCCCAGGACAGUCUCAUCAAGGCCCAGCUGUUGGAGACUGCCUUCGACCACAGCUGGGGUCCCGCCUCGCCUGGACUCUGACUGCCACUCAGCCUUCUCAAACCCCUGGCCCUAAGGGUAUCCCAGGUGCUGUGUCCCGAAACACAACGAGGUCGAGGAGAGACGGGGAUUCGAGUGGUACCAUGGAAAUUACUGAAGCAGCUCUUGUGAGAGAUAUCUUGUACGUCUUCCAAGGCAUUGAUGGCAAAAACAUCAAAAUGAGCAGCACUGACAAUUGUUACAGAGUGGAAGGAAAGGCAAACCUCAACAAGUCUUUGCGGGACACGGCAGUCAGACUUGCUGAGUUGGGAUGGCUGCAUAAUAAGAUCAGGAAGUAUACUGACCAGAGGAGUAUGGACCGUUCAUUUGGACUAGUAGGUCAGAGCUUCUGUGCGGCCUUGCAUCAGGAACUCAAGGAGUACUACCGGCUGCUCUCUGUCUUACACUCUCAGUUGCAGCUUGAGGAUGAUCAGGGUGUCAACUUGGGACUCGAGAGUAGCCUGACACUGCGGCGCCUCCUGGUUUGGACCUAUGACCCCAAAAUAAGACUGAAGACGCUCGCGGCCCUUGUGGAUCACUGCCAAGGAAGGAAAGGAGGGGAGCUAGCCUCCGCCGUCCACGCCUACACGAAGACGGGAGAUCCAUACAUGCGGUCGCUGGUGCAGCACAUUUUGAGCUUGGUGUCUCACCCGGUGCUGAGCUUCCUCUACCGCUGGAUCUACGACGGGGAGCUGGAGGACACCUAUCAUGAGUUUUUUGUAGCGUCAGAUCCAGCAGUUAAAACUGAUCGACUGUGGCAUGACAAGUAUACUUUGAGGAAAUCCAUGAUUCCUUCUUUUAUGACAAUGGAUCAAUCUAGGAAGGUUCUUUUGAUAGGAAAAUCAAUAAAUUUCUUGCAUCAAGUUUGUCAUGAUCAGACACCUACUACAAAGAUGAUAGCUGUGACCAAGUCAGCAGAGUCACCCCAAGAUGCUGCGGAUUUAUUCACAGAUUUAGAAAAUGCCUUUCAAGGGAAAAUUGAUGCUGCUUAUUUUGAGACCAGCAAAUAUCUACUGGAUGUUCUCAAUAAAAAGUACAGCUUGCUGGACCACAUGCAGGCGAUGAGGCGGUACUUGCUGCUUGGUCAAGGAGACUUUAUAAGGCACUUGAUGGAUUUGCUGAAACCAGAACUUGUCCGUCCAGCAACGACUCUGUAUCAGCACAAUCUGACCGGGAUUCUGGAAACUGCUGUCAGAGCCACUAAUGCGCAGUUCGACAGCCCCGAGAUCCUGCGCAGGCUGGACGUGCGGCUGCUGGAGGUCUCGCCAGGCGACACAGGGUGGGACGUCUUCAGCCUGGACUACCACGUCGAUGGCCCGAUCGCCACGGUCUUCACUAGGGAGUGCAUGAGCCACUACUUGCGGGUGUUCAAUUUCCUGUGGCGGGCAAAGCGCAUGGAGUAUAUCCUCACCGACAUCCGCAAGGGACACAUGUGCAACGCCAAGCUGCUGAGGGGCAUGCCAGAGUUCUCAGGGGUGCUGCACCAGUGCCACAUCUUGGCCUCGGAGAUGGUGCACUUCAUCCACCAGAUGCAGUAUUACAUCACGUUUGAGGUUCUCGAGUGCUCGUGGGAUGAGCUCUGGAACCGAGUGCAGCAGGCCCAGGACUUGGACCACAUCAUCGCAGCGCACGAGGCGUUCCUGGACACAAUCACCUCACGCUGUCUGCUGGACAGCGACUCCAGGGUACUUUUAAACCAGCUGAGAGCAGUGUUCGAUCAAAUCAUUGAACUUCAGAACACUCAGGACGCAAUAUACCGUGCUGCUCUGGAGGAGCUGCAGAGGCGCCUACAGUUUGAGGAGAAGAAGCAGCAGCGUGAGGCUGAGGGCCAGUGGGGAGUGACAGCAGCGGAGGAGGAGGAAGAGAACAGGAGGGUCCAGGAGUUUCAGGAAUCCAUACCAAAAAUGUGCUCCCAGUUGCGGAUCUUGACACACUUCUAUCAGGGCAUCGUGCAGCAGUUCCUGGUGUUGCUGACAACCAGUUCCGAUGAGAGCCUCCGCUUCCUCAGCUUCCGUUUGGACUUCAACGAGCACUACAAGGCCCGAGAGCCCAGGCUCCGAGUAUCACUAGGCUCCAGGGGGCGGCGCCCGUCCCACACGUGAGGACCGGCCACCAGCGCCCAGGGCGCAGGCACUGCCACAGGUGGCCACCUCUGCACAGGCCCCGUGUCUGUCAAUGGCCUGGCAUCCCUGGAGCUGAGCAUGGGCGACAUGGCUGUGACCCAGCUGCUCCUGCUGCUGGCCCUGCCAGCUGCGCUCAGUGGGAUACUGGCCGCACCUGGCACAGGACCGAGUCCUCUUCAGAGACAGCUUCUGCUCCGUAAUAAAAUGGACCUGAAGUGAGGUGUUGCCGCUAGGAGAACAGCAUUUCAUUGUGGUUCGUGUGUUGUGAAAUGCCCACAAGCACUUGUAUCCUGAUGCACCACUGCCACAUGCUUGCUCUUUUCCUGUCGCUCCUUGCGGAGCUCACUCCUGUGUAGUUUCCGUCUCACCUGACUCCCAAGCACUUCGGCAGCCCCAGGGCCCUGCGUAGACACAGUGGCCACCAGCUUAGGCCUGGAAGCCGUUGCCUGGGUGGCAUGUGAAUACCGCCGCCAUGGGGCGAACGAGGAUUUUAUUUCAGAUUCUUACAAGCACCAGAAAGAAAUGGAUAAGAUUCCUUUUUCCUUGCCUAUUUUUUCACUGUAAAUAUUUAUAUACUACUGACCAGACACUGGGGGGAACUGUUUUUUGUAAAAGGAAAUGUCAUACCAGGUCACAUAAGUCUGCCUUUUUUAUGUUACAUAGUGUAAACUUAGGAAAUUAAAGCAGCUGUCUUUCAGAUUCA